AAAAAUAUCAAUGACGGAGAUGAAACAGCCCGCGCAGACGUCCGCGCGGCAGCUCGACACGAGAGGAUCGUCUGGCGACGACGAGGAUGACGCAACAUCGACCAAGUCAAGGCCUCCGCGCGUGAAUGGUUUCGACGCUCCGCACUCCCGCGACCAGUUCAUCUCGUGUUCAGGACAUGUUAUCAGCGGCCUUGCUUUUUACGUGGGCAUGGGCUGCCUGCUCCUGUCGUCAUACUCUUCCACUCGAACACAACUCGAUUUCCCCGUUACGACUGCCAAUGCAAGUGCGGCACCGCACGAUGAAGGAUCCAUGCAGGUGUGGCUUUGGGUUGUCCUCGCCUUCCACAUCGCCACGAUGACAAUGCUACUCGCAGCAUGGAUCUCGUGCGAAACAUGUAACCCUGGAGAGAUCGCCGCCUCAGAACCUUCCUGGCUUGGUGUCGUGCUGCGGGGGCCGCGAUGGGACAAACCACGGUACUGCGCCAUCUGCCGCAAGACCGUCCCUGGCAUGGACCACCAUUGCACAUGGUUGAACACGUGCAUCGGACGGCGGAACUACGCGCAAUUCUUCACGAUCGCCGUGUGUGGCGAAAUUAUUUUCUUGCUCCAAGCUGUCGUGUCGGUGUCGUGCUCGUUCAUGUGGCAAUUCCCGUGGAAUGAGUCUUUCUUUCAUACUCAAAGCAAUGUCCUUGGUCUAGCUCAGAGCGCAUUUGUUGUGUCCGCCAUUGUGUCAGUGCCGUGCCUUGUCAUGUACACGACGCUUCUGGCGUUCCACAUCUAUUUAUCGUUCCAAGGCUUCGGCACGUACGACUACUUUCUCAAACGGCGUGAUGCCCAGCGUGCCGAGCGACGAAAGAAGCGUGAUGCGGAGAUGGAACGGACCAAACAAGCCAUCGUUCAACUGGAACAAGCAACCAGUGGUCAACCAGGUGGAAGUAGUGCUAUCGUGUAGAUAUAGAUUGGUGUACACUUAAGACGAUGCCUGCGACACGGUUUCUUCG